AUGAAAGGAUCAAAAUAUGGUUAUGGUCGUUACCAAGACAUUCAGAACGAUCCACGAUUCUCGAUCAUCAACGAUCCGUUCAGAACUGAGCAAGGCAAAGGCAAUUUCUUGGAGAUUAAAAACAAAUUCCUUCAACGCCGUUUCAAGUUAUUGGAGCAAGCGCUGGUGAUUGAAGAGCAAUUGAGACGUGCAGCGUAUCUAAAUUUGACACAGUCGAAUAACGAUGGAACUCAGCAGUUGAACGAACGUUUUGCAGACAUCGAGUGCCUAGCGGAAAGUCAUCAGCACCUGGCCAGAGAGGGUAUGCAAGGCAACAAGAACGCGAAUGCAGUCCUUCAUAAGGUAAACCUUCAUAAGGUUGAUAUUAAACUUUUUUAUCAAAUUAAGGUUUUGAAUCAAUUGGAAGAAUUAUUAUCGGAUAUGAAGGCGGAUGUAUCACGUUUACCGGCAACCCUGGCACGAUUACGUCCAGUCACGGAGCGUUUAGGAAUGACCGAGAGAUCAAUAUUGAGUCGUUUGACCACUCGUGAUCCGGAAGCAGCGUCAGGUAAGAGUCCUCUGCCUCCACCAGGACCAUUCGUAACGCCAACGCUUGGCCAGCAGCUGGCCGGAAUUCAGCCGAAAUUCGCUGCACUCUCGAAAAAUUCUAUCGCUGAAGCCGCAAAACAAGGCGCGACUACAACGACCAAUGGUAGUAGUAGUGGUGCGACAACCACAAACGGUACAGCAGAAAAGAAAGAACCAAACAGUACCGAAACGCAUAAAGAAGGUGGCUUAUUUUUAGACUAUUUUUGUGAAAAU